AUGUCUGCGAAGUCGGAGGAAGUAAUCACUGAAGUUUUAAACGCGACAUCAGGAGAAAGAACCCCACAAAUUGGAGACGUCCUGAGCAAUCUAAGCUCUCGACGAUCUUCUGGUGCUUCGGGAAUCGGCAGUUAUUCCAUAUCUCGGAGAAAAAUGAGAAAAAGUGGAUUUGUUUCAGCUCCUGGACCCGAAAUGUUCGCACUUAGAGGUGACACUAUUCGCUUUGAAUGCGAACUAGUAAACGAGGAUGACGAAGUUGAGUGGCUCAUCAACGAUAAGCCGUACGCUGCAGAACCACGAAGCUUGGAAGAAGCCGAUGGGCCAUUCAGGCGUCUUACAAUAAGGGAUCUAACUCCGGAGGAUACCGGAAUGAUUGUAGAAGUCCGCCUCAAUGAAAAUGUGGUGACAUCAAAACUUGUCGUUGAAGAGAUUUUGGCUGAAAUAACGAAGCGUUUAGACUAUAAGUCUACUGGCGAAGAAGGGAAACCUGUAACCCUUACAAUUGCAUUGGACCAUCCGGCUAAAGAAGUGAAAUGGUACAAAGACAAUGAAGAGAUUACGGAGUCGUUGAAGUACGACAUCGAUGUAAAGAAUAAUUUCUGUCAUUUGACCAUAAAGAAAGUUGACCAUGAAGACGCUGGGCAAUAUACGGUCAUCGCCGAUGGCUCUAAAAGUUAUACGAACCUUCGAAUAUUGGGCAAACCAAGAAUCAAAACUACCGAACAUGAGCUUGUAGAAGUAGAAAGAAAUGAAAACAUCAUGUUAAACGCCUCCUUCGACUGCCAAGAAGAACCGACAGCCAUGUGCCUUUUCAACGGUGAAGUGUUGCACGAAGAUGCGAAGACGCAUCUCGAGGUCCAUCAAAAUACGGUGAAGUUUUGUAAACGAAAUGCUACAAAGGCUGACUCUGGUGAAUAUACCAUAAAACUAUCUAACGAAUUCGGAGAAGACUUGGAGACAUUCAACGUUAAAGUGAAAGAUGUCCCCGGAGCCCCUUGCAGCAUUUCUGUGAAUGAAGUUGGCAGUGAUACUAUUUCGAUCAGAUGGGAGAAAUCUACAGACGACGGUGGAGCACCAAUAACUGGUUACAUCAUUGAGAAAAAGGAGGACGGUCGGAGAGCCUUCCACAAGGUUGCUCAGGUCUCCGGUUCGAAGACAUCUUACGUUGUUGAGGAACUCGAAAAUGCUACCAGUUAUGUGCUGAGAGUCUCUGCUGUAAACAAAUAUGGGCCUGGAGAACCCAUCGAAACUCCUGUUGUAACAACUGCAACACCUUUCAUGGCUCCACAAAUCACGAAACCGCCCACUAUUACUAACAUCACCGACGACGGUUGCGUGUUAACAUGGCAGAAACCGUUAGAAGAUGGUGGAUCUCCCAUUUACGGAUACGACGUCUACCGCCGUGAAGACGAUGGUGAAUGGAUGAAGAUAAGCGAAGAUCUUGUCUUUGUCGAACGUUACGUCAUUACCGGCCUUCUUCCCAGUGUCAAUUAUGAAUUCAAGAUCGAAGCCUGCAACGAAGCUGGCCUUACGUCAAAUUCGAAUCUCCCAUCGGAAACGUUGAUGAUUACGCCCACUCUAGGUCGACCAGCCACAAUCCCAUCUAUUCCACAUAUCACCAUCACCAGCACUGAUAGUGUCAGUUUGGAAUGGGACAUCCCCGAAGAGGAGACGUCUACCGAAUACACAGUGUCCUAUAAAUCCGAAAAGUCAUCGAUUUGGACUGAAGUGAACUGCUCUGCUAAUUCCUGUUCUAUUGAUGGUCUCAAGGAAGGUGUCACUUAUGUGUUCAAAGUUGCUGCGAGAAACGAGGCUGGUCUUGGAGUAUUCUCAGAUGAAACGCCUCCAAUCAAACUUAUUCCCAACGUUCCACCGGUCAUUACAAAACCGAUCAAAGAUGCCACUGUUCCGAAAAAGCGUACGCUAAAACUUGAAUGUCACGCUAAUGCUGAACCAGCACCGGAGUACAUAUGGUAUAAGGACGGGAAGGAGAUCAUUCCACAGAAUGUCAACACUGAGGUGAUCUUUUUGUGUUCAUUGAAAACGUUGAGUAUUGUUAACGAGGGAUACAUGGGCGUGCUUAUUAUACACAGUGUUGAUUAUUGCGACACUGGUUCAUACACUUGCGAGGUCGUAAACGAACAUGGAGUCAUGAAAUCGACGGCUAAUGUGAACGUGACAGAUGUGCACUGUCAUUUCGAGUCGUCUUUCUCGGAGUACACUGAAGUUAUCGAAGGUAAAGACAUUGAACUCUGCUGCAUUCUUUCUGACGAGGACGGUGUAGUCUCUUGGUACAAGGAUGGCAAGAUACUGAGUAAUAACGACCGUAUUGGAAUUGUGGUUGACGGUAAUAGGCGAGUCCUGAAAAUUACUUCUGUCAAUAACACUGACAGCGGCACUUAUCGUUGUGAGACUUCCGAUGGACGAGGCAGAACUGAAGGAGAAUUGCUAGUAAACGAAGAAGAACCACACAUCAGCAUCGGCCCACAGGAUGACGUCAUUAAGCACUUCGGAUCCGAAAUUAUUCUCAAGUGUGAGCUCACAAAACCGCCACAUAAAGUGCUUUGGUAUAAGAACGGGAAGGAAAUCUGGCCGCAAACCAACAAAUAUACAAUAAAUACUGAGGGAUGCAUAUCGUUGCUCAAAAUCCAGAAUUUCGACGGGAACGACGUCGGUGAAUACUAUGCUGUUCUGAGUCAGAACGAGGUCUCUGCACCAGCGCAUCUACGCUUAAAAGUGGUCCCGGAAAUAAGAAUUCAAGAACAAUUAAGUGAUGAAGUGAUUCUGAAUGCACAUAGUGAACUUGCCUUCCACGUCGAGGUUUCUGCGUUCCCUGUUCCCAGUGUCACCAUUUUGCACAAUGAAUCACGAAUGCAAAACCGAGCCUUAGUGGAAGAAUACGAUGACAUCGUUAGUGUUCGUAUGAAAAAUCUAACCCGUGAAGACUGUGGAGUGCUGAGGAUAAUUGUGGAGAACGACGCCGGAGUCUCCCAGAAAGACAUUCGUCUUACCGUUCUAGAUGUCCCAUCUGAACCUACGAAUUUAAGAGCCAGAAACACUACUACGAAUUCGACAAUUCUUUCAUGGAGCUACCCCGAGAAUACCAACGGUGCGCCAGUAACAGAGUUCAUCGUAGAAAGGAAAGCGGUUGACAGCAAUAGAUGGCGUUCAAUCGGCAGGACGAACGCCAACACUCUCACUUUCGCAGCGGGCGACCUGCUUAACAAACAGGCUUACGGAUUCCGAGUGUGUGCUGUAAAUUCAGUUGGAGAGGGACCACCUAGUCACCCAGUUGACGUGCUGACCUUCGAUGACGAAUGGAAGGAAGAAUUUAUAGAAGACCUGCCGGCCAUUACACCUGUUCUGGACGUUCCUGAUUUCUCAGUGGUAGAUUAUGAGGAAGGCAAAGUGGCUCAAGUGUUUGUUGGCCAGGAAAAUGGUUUUAUGCCAAUGAGCGAUGAAAGCACGGAUUCUGUUAAGAUAACCAGCACUCCAUCUGUUUUCAAUGGAGCUGAUAUCUCAGGAGCAGAAAAUGGCGAAAUCAACAAGGCUCACUCGGUUGUUGGUGCUGAGAAUGGUUUCAUUCCAAAUGAGGAAAGCGCAGAAUCUGGUAAGAUAGUCGAAUCUGCCAUUUUCGUAGAAGCAAUACCGGUCGAAAAGAAAGUGAGUGAGAAAAAAGGACCAAAGAAAAGCAUGCAAAAAAAGAAAGAUAAGAGCACUCUCGAAGAAACCAAGGUCGAAGGAAAAGAGGAACAAGAGAUUACUGUGCAGGAGAAGUCUGAGGACGAAAACUCGUUAAAGGAAAAAACAAAAGAUACCCAUAAACAACCUGGAAUUAUUGAAGAAAAGAAGAGAGACAGUGAUUCGUUGUCCACUGAUGGUGCACAACCACAAGUCCGAGGUAAAGUCGAAAUUAAAGACGACAUUGAAUUGAAAAAGGUGGCUCUGGUCCUAAAGCCGAAAUCCGAAUUAGUGGAGUUGAUGUUUGGUCAAAGCGGAGAGCUUAUGGUCAGUUCAUCAGUAGAGGCGCAGUUUAACUGGACAAAGGAAGGUAGAUCACUGGAUGAAGGUUUUGUUGUGGGAGGCACGAAAACUCAAACUAUCGUACAAAUCCCUUCGGUUACGUUUGAUACUGCCGGUGUAUACAAAUGCGUCGCUACUGAUACGCUUGGUAAUACGGCGACAACAGAUAUUACUGCAAGCGUACGUGGCAAGCCUAUCGUGGAGCUGGAAACGCCUUUGGUAGAGGUCAAAACUGGCGAAAGCGCAAAGUUUUUUGCCAAUGUUCGAGGAACAUCAGAAGUGAAAUGUAUAUGGAAGAAGGAUGAAGAACUUAUCAAGACGAGCAAAAACAUAAGCACGUCGUACAGGGACGGAAUAGCUCAGUUGAAUAUCAAAGAGGUGGACGCAUCAAGCAAUGGUGUUUACACUCUUGUGGCUACGAAUAAAGACGGAGAAGAUGUUGCUAAUGUCAAACUCGUUGUUAAAUCUAUUCCCGACGCACCUCAAGCUCCACUUGAUGUGACUGUUGUCGGAAGUGCAUGUUCACUUUUGUGGAAGCCUCCACUAAACGAUGGAAACUGUCCUGUUCUUGGUUAUUACACUGAGAAAUAUGACGAGAAAACGAAGAAGUGGACGUUUGUGGCGCGAUCAACUAACACAAACUGUAAGACAAGUCAGUAUCACUGGUCAUUGUACAUCAUUCUUCAAGAGUUUCCUGGAAGUUGGUCGAACCGUCUUUCUUAA